UCUCCCCCCCUUUCUUAAUUUUUUUCCCCGCAUCCCGCCUCGCUGCGCCGCCGGCCGGGCGGAGAUGCCGCACGUGGAGAUGCUGCUGCUGGCGGCCGCGGCGCUGUGGGUGUGCGUGCGCGGGCAGGAGCCCGGCGCCAAGGCGGUGGCCGACCGCUACGCUGUCUACUGGAACAGCUCCAAUCCCAGAUUCCAGAGAGGUGACUAUCACAUUGAUGUCUGCAUCAAUGACUACCUGGAUGUGUUCUGCCCUCACUACGAAGACUCAGUGCCAGAAGAUAAGACCGAACGCUACGUUCUGUACAUGGUGAACUUUGAUGGCUACAGCUCCUGUGAUCACACUUCCAAGGGGUUCAAGAGGUGGGAAUGUAAUCGGCCACAUUCCCCAAAUGGACCAUUGAAGUUCUCGGAAAAGUUCCAACUCUUCACGCCCUUCUCACUAGGAUUUGAGUUCAGGCCAGGCCGGGAGUAUUUCUACAUCUCCUCUGCGAUCCCAGAUAAUGGAAGGAGAUCCUGCCUAAAGCUUAAGGUCUUUGUGCGACCAGCAAACAGCUGUAUGAAAACUAUAGGUGUUCAUGAUCGUGUUUUCGAUGUUAACGACAAAGUAGAAAAUUCAUUAGAACCAGCAGAUGAUACCGUACAUGAGUCAGCCGAGCCAUCCCGUGGCGAGAAUGCGGCACAGACACCAAGGAUACCCAGCCGGCUUUUGGCAACUCUAUUGUUCCUCCUGGCAAUGCUUUUGAUAUUAUAGCAGAGUAUGCUCCGGCAACCUGUCUCAGAAAAUAUCAGGGUCUUGGAACAUCAAAGAUCCACCUAACUGCUCAUCCCAGGAAAGGGACUUUAUUGUUUUUGCAGAUGUCAAAUUGUUAUUUUUCCCUUUUCUUCUCCCUUUUAGCCUGAACUCAGCAAAAAUUUGAAGGGGAUAACUAGCUUCAGCACCCACCCCUACCUACCCUGUGACUUUCUUAACCCCUCCAUAUAAAUAAAAGGACUCCAAAUGAAAAUGCCAAACUAUAAUAGUGACACUAGUGAUUCUUAUUUUCCUCUGCAUUCUCCUUUAAAAAGUCACCUCUGUUAGCUCACUGUGUCAUCCGCAUGUGGACGAGAAAGAAUAGUGGCAGAUAGAGUCAGUGAGGGAUAAGAAAAGUGAGUGAAAACCUGGGAGAGUCUUUCUCUGUGAUAUAAUAUUUAUGCCUUCUCGUUCAGCACUGUAAGAUGAUCAUGCAAGGCAUUGUGUCACCGUGUCAGGACUGGAGGGGAAAUAUUAAGAAUAGACAUAAUAUAACACCCUUACCUCCAGGAGUUCCUAAAUGAAUGGGCUUCUGAAAGGGAAAGAUGAUGUUUCUUCUUGUCUUGAAACGUCUUUGACAGUAACAUUUGUGCUCACAAGUAGAAAUGUUGUCUUUGGUGGGAGGAAGAAGAUUAGUAUUUAGGAAUGUUAGCACACAGCAGACAAGGGCAGAUUUAGGAAACUUCACUGGGGGUGUGAGUGCCUCUGUUAUUUCGUUUUAAGGGGAUAAUGCACACCGGAUUAUUUUAUUUUAAAACAAAUCAACCGUGGUGCUACAAUUUUUUUCUUGAAAUGCAGAGGCACUUUUGAGAAUAAAGUGACCUUCCCCAGCGCUGACUUAGUAGCGGAUAGCCUUGGAUGCUGCUCUGGGUGUUAGUACAUGCUAAAAGAGGACAUCGGUGGCCAGACGAAACAUGUUUGGGACACAGGAUCUCCAGUGUGCUCUUUAUUUGUCUCUCCUGCAAGUUCCUCCAUCAUGGGAAUAAAUCACAUGUAGAAGAAGCCAGGGCACUCUAGUAGCAUUGUUUGGUGGGGGGAAAGAAAAGAAGUGUGGAAUAUGAAUUCAAGUGUUGAUUUUUGUCUUUUUCCCUUCCAGCACAGUUUGAAGAGUAGAGGAAACGUUUAUCAGUCAGAGAUAAUCUAGAUGGGCUCCCAAAGACUUAACAAAAUAUUUUUUUAAAAAUUCACUAGAAUAGAGAAUACAUUAUUUAGAUAUACUUUAUGCUGAGAGUGAGUAUAUAUGCUUGUCCUAUUCAAACAUGUGAGAGAAGUGGUAACCCUUGAUGCAAUUAGGAAAUGGGCCUGUCUUGUUUGAUGGAAUUAGAUAUGACCCUGUUAAGGAAUCUGAACCUUGGCUAACACAGAACUUUAAAAAGUAGUUUGCCAGGAAGUGCAAGCCUUGGAGUGCUUUUUGGCUUGGCUGCCAUUGAAUUUGGAUGCUAAGCAUAAUCAGUGAAAUUUCAGACCCAGACUGAAACAGAGCUUUUCUGACAAAAACUGUGGUGAUUACAUUAAAUGUGAAACAAAACACAGAGUGCAUUCAAGCGAACUAAUAUUUUUCUAUAUUAAUUAUGAAGAAAAAGUCUGCCGUAACAAAAUUGAGUGAUGCCAUUAAUCCAUUAGUGGACAGCACUUCAUGGGCUUUUUUUUUUUUUUUUUUUUUUUUUU